UUUUGAUCAACAAUCCCCUCCGUAAUGUCUGCCUGCUCCUGAACAUGUGCCUGUGUAGCUCUAUUAUGUGUUUUUAAUACUUUGUGAGAGCAUGUGUUCUUAAUCUUUCUACCUGAGGACUCUUAUUCAGCGUUGAGGUGACCACCUUCAGCUCAGAUCCCGUUUGCACCAUGCCUCUGAGAGACUCAGUCACCCUGCUGCUCUGGAGUUGCUGUGUACUAAUGCUCAUCCACCAAUGCGAGGCUCAAGCUCUAAACUGUACAUGUAAUGUGACCAAUAGUCGGUGUGACGAGAAUGCGGUGUGCAGGUGUGACCCUGGUUGGGAGGGGCAGCAGUGCAACGUCUGUGUGAGAAUGCCAGGCUGUGUCCAUGGAUCAUGUCAUCAACCCUGGCAAUGCACCUGCGAGCCUGGAUGGGCAGGGCGCUUCUGCGACAAAGAUAUCCAUGUGUGUACAAAUGAGGCACCUUGUCAGAACGGUGCCACUUGUUACGCCAAUGUUUCAGGGGAAUACUCCUGCCUCUGCCCCGAGGGAUUUCACGGGAGGAACUGCGAGCACAAGACAGGACCCUGUCAUAAAACCGGCAGGUCUUCGUGUAAGAAUGGCGGGCAGUGUGAGGACAGUGGCGGUUAUGCUCCAGAGCUCUCCUGCCGCUGCCUGGCAGGCUUCACCGGGCCACGUUGCGAGCACAACAUGGACGACUGCCUGAUGCGCCCCUGUGGUAACGGUGCCACCUGCCUGGAUGGCAUCAACCGCUUCUCCUGCCUCUGUCCCGAGGGCUUCACGGGCCGGUUCUGCACCGUCAACCUGGAUGACUGUGCCAGCCAACCUUGCCUUAAUGGAGGGCGCUGUCUGGACCGUGCCAGCACCUUCCACUGCCUCUGCAAGCCUGGGUUCACUGGCAGGACCUGCGAGGUGCCCUUAAGGAGCCCAGAGAGCCAAGCGCCCAUCAGCAGCUCCCAUGACUGGGCUGGGGGAGGUGGGGGCUGGGGAAGGGUAACUCAGUCCAGGCCAGACCAGGACAUCACGAGGGGGGACAAUAAUAGUGGAGACAGGCUGCUUAAGAUCUCUGUGAAGGAGGUUGUGACCCAGUGGGGGUCGUCUGGCCUGUCAGAGGUGCAGCUCAUCACCCUCCUGGUGCUGGGGGGCAUGACACUUGCCGUGGUGGUGCUCACAGCUGGCCUGGUGCUGAGGGGACAUUGGCAGGACCACUGUGCAAGCUGCAGGUGCGGCCCCACCCCCCACCUGCACCCGCUGAAACACAGAGACCGCCAGCCACCCCCGCAGAGCCACCUAGUCACAGUGGAGCAGGAGUGUAAGAUCAGCUUCCUGCACACACCCACAGCCCCAGAACUGGAGAAGAAGAAACUGAACACUGAGGUGAUUUAGGUUUACUACCUCCACAUCCCUGAACACAGGACACAGACUGCUCUCAGCAGAGGGAAAGCCAUGCUUUUAUCCCAGCCCUGCCUCCAUGACUGAUUUUCUUCAGUACUGACAGUCAAAAUACAGACAACAUACCGACCUAGGUAUCGAAACCUAAAGAGACGCAGGACCAAGAAGGGACCAGUGGGUCUGUUCAAGGGUAAAUGUUAGGAGUGUCAAACACAUUCUCUUAACAAAAGGAGCGUAGUCCUAAUAUUAUGGAUUAUUUGUUGACCAGAGGGGUAAAGCGGAGGUACAUCAUGAGAAAUAUACUCAAGUCCUUUGGUUACUUGUCACGGACAACCAAUGUGUAAUUUGUCCGUCCACAAAAUCAGAUGAUUCGAUUUCUUGGCAUGAACUGCAUGUAAGACAGGCCUACUGACAGACAGCUUUGGAAUGCAAGCCGAGACAAUGCCCUUGUUAUGUCAACCUAAUUGGUGUACUGGUAUUUGUCACUGCUGUUCUCGUCACGAUAUUAGGCCAAAAUGUUAGACAUGAAUGAAUCUACCCAUAUUUUUCCAAAUGGGCUCUGACCUCGGAACAAGCUCUGCAGUGAGCCAAAUUCAGACAUGCAGACAAAUGAUUGCCUGAAUUCAUGUUGUUUUAACAGUGUACUUUUAAUACCACAGACUCAAGAUCUGCAACACCUCAACACCUACUUCAUUUAAGUAACUGUCCAGUGUUUCCAGAUUUCUAUGAAAUAUGACCUAUAAUUAAUUAAAAUGAGUAAAAUAGUUUUCCUUCCAAAAAAGUGUAAUUAUGUAUGUAAAAAAAUCUGCUUUUCUGUGUUGGAAUGGUGUGGGCGUACCCCAUAGAGUUAGAUAGAGGCACGGGCAUUGCCAUUUAGGGCUUUCAACGUUUUAAGGUAGUCAACAGGGUUGUACUUUCUAUGGGUUAUGGAAGGAUGACAUGAUUCCAUCCAGGUCAUCAGAGGGGUCAGCCAAUGAAUUAUACUUGUGAGAAAACACUAGGUGGCCGUAUGUACCCUUUCAGUUUGUUUGUCAACUCAUAGAAGUAGUAGAAGAAGAAUAUUGACUACUUCAAAAUAAAGAUGGCCUUAAUGGCGCUGCCUGUAUGCUCACAGGUGCCAUCAUGGGAUAUACACUGAGUGUACAAAACAUUAGGAACAGGUCUACCGGGUGGCACACUGGUCUAGGGCACUGCCUUGCAGUGCUAGCUGUGCCACCAGAGUCUCUGGGUUUGCGCCCAGGCUCUGUCGCAGCCGGGCGCGGCAGGGAGGUCCGUGGGGCGACGCACAAUUGGCCUAGCAUCGUCCGGGUUAGAGAGGGUUUGGCCGGUAGGGAUAUCCUUGUCUCAUCGUGCAAUAGCGACUCCUGUGGCGGGCCGGUCGCAGUGCACGCUAAUCAGGUCGCCAGGUGCACGGUGUUUUCUCCGACACAUUGGUGCGGCUGGCUUCCGGGUUGGAUGCACGCUGUGUUAAGAAGCAGUGUUGCUUGGUUGGGUUGUGUUUCGGGAGAAAAGGGGAUAAUAAAAAAAACAAAAAACAUUAGGAACCCCUGGUCUUUCCAUGACAUAGCUUUCACCUAGAUUCACCUGGUCAGUCUAUCACUUGUUAAAUCCACUUCAAUCAGUGUAGUUGAAGGUUAGGAGACAGGUUAAAGAAGGAUUUUUAAGCCUUGAGACAAUUGAGACAUGGAUUGUGUAUGUGCCAUUCAGAGGGUGAAUGGACGAGACAACAGAUUUAAGUGCCUUUGAACGGGGUAUGGUGCCAGUCGCACCGGUUUGAGUGUAUUCACGCUCAACAGUUUCCCAUGUGUAUCAAGAAUGAUCCAAAGGACAUCCAGCCAACUUGACAUAACUGAGGGAAGCAUUGGAGUCAGCAUGGGCCAGCAUCCCUGCGGAACGCUUUCGACACCUUGUAGAGUCCAUGCCCUGACAAAUUUAGGUUUUUCUGAGGGAAAGAUGUUCCUAAUGUUUUGUACACUCAGUGUAUAUAAAGAUGAUAUCUCGAACUAUCACUGUGGACAACAACAGAAUGAUGUGAGUGUAUACCGGUCAUUAAAAAUAUUAAUGUGUAGACCGCUGAUUGGAAAACUCAUUCUUCUCUAUGAGGAAAUAGCAAGCAUUUUUUAAAUAUUCUGUUUGAGAUACACGUUUGAGGUGGGGUCUUCAUGUUUUUAAAUGUAUUUAUGCUUUGGCCACAUGAGUAUAGAAUGAGUCAACAACAUUAUUUGGGUAUUAGUUAACAGAAUAUGAACUUUUAAGAGUGAGAUUUUCACUGGACAGUUACUUUAAAUUAUAAUUGUAUCAUUUUGUAAAAAGUAAUAUUCUGUCAACACUGAAAAUGAAUUUGUGACCUGUUUACUUCUGUAUGGUGUUUAAUAGCGAAUAACAAUAUGGAUUUGCUUAACAGUAUUUUGAAGCUGUACAUUUUAUUUAUUUUCUGUAAUUUAUUAUAGAACAUGGUCUAUUUGCAAUGAGUCUUAUUUUUUUAUACUGAAUUGUCUGCAAUAAAGUUGUGAACUGUU